CUGCCUACACGAGUACCCAUAGCAUCAAAUUUUAAGUUCUCCGACAUCUACUUCUGUAACAGAUGAUAUGUCUACAAACGCAUCAGGAAUAGCAUCGACCACCAGUUCACCAACACAAACGACGCUAUCCAUCCUAUUUACACAAUCGGGAAGAAAUACUUCAGUAGUAGACUCAAAAUCAACAGUGCAAGAAAUAACAGCUACAAGUCCUCAUACGACAUACUCAGGAAACAUCAUUGAAAAUAUCAUCUUCACUACCAAAGUACGAAAACCUUUGACGACACAAUCAGCUACCCAAAGUUCACAACCGUUUGUGAUUUACGAUGGUCCAUAUAAACUAACUGAAGCUAUAGUUGUGGAACCCGGAAAAUCCUGUUUUGUUCACAAUUUGACAGAGGAAGAAAGACAAAUGAUAACAUCGGGAUCGAAACAGAGCUUUGAGAAUGCUCUCCUGUAUUCAAAGCUAGAUCCACACAGUGGUUGGAACGUCACUGGUCAAAUCGGCCACAUGUCAACAGAGGUCCAAACAUUUUGCACCGGGCCCGUUUAUGUUCUCUGGUAGUUUGUAAAACGGUGUUGAAU